GAAUCCCUCCAGAAUCUGACGCUUCCUUUUUUACCAAGGAAACCCACACGCGCUCUCUGACGCAACUGCCCAUUUUAGGAAACGUGCGUCAACGGGCCGAAGACAGUGAGACAAAAUGGUGAACUCCGGAGCGCGUGACGUCCCUUUAGCCUAAAACAGAAAAACGAGCUUCCACAGAGAGUUGUCUCCGCUUCCUCUCCAGUUCAGAGCGUUUUCAGCGCGCGGCUGUGCUGUGGUGGUCGCCGCGGAUCCCUCCGUCCUUAUCCAGAAGCGACCCCUCCCUGAGUGGAUCUGCACCGCCCAGGCGUGACGUGGGCUGUUUCGUUGGUGUUGAAAAGCCGUCGCGCUUCUUCAUAGUGCCAUUGAAGUGAGUCAUCUCUAGGAAGUGGAGGUAAAAAAAAAAAAAAGCAAAAAAAAUUAAAAAAUAAAAAAACGAGGGGGGAAAGAAAGAAAGAAAGAAAGAAAAAGUUCGAAGUGUUCCGUGAGCAGCAAGAGUUCAGAGCAGAGAGUUGUUGGGAAAAGGCGGCGGAAAAUAUUGAAAAGGUUCAAAACGGAGGAGGUUUUGAAGCGAACUGAACCUGCGUGAGUCACUCGGACUGCAGCUGAUCUGAAGUUCAAGUUGGCGCACCUGACAGGAUCUUUGUAGCUUUACGCGCGGAUCAGAAUAAGAAAAAGCACAAGAAGAAACUAAGACCAACUACAAAAAUAUUGCAAUAUAAUGUUCUAGAGAUCUGAAACGCCUUUUUUUUAUUUGCACUUUACCAGCUUGGAUAUCUCAAUAAACGACUCAGAUCAGGGGAUUUUUAUUUUUUAUUUUUCUGUUGGUGCCUUUUCACUGAGAGGGAGAGGAAGGAAAAAAAAGGAGGCUCCAGAGCUCAACCAGUCCACUGAAAUCUUCCUCUGUCCCGGAUCAUGUACCAGGACUACUCCGGGAACUACGACACGUCGUCCCGCGGCAGCAGCACCUCUCCUGCCCAGCCAGAGUCCUUCACAAGCGGCAGCAGCACGAUCGGAAGUCCGAUCUCUACCUCCAGCUACCAGAAAUACAGGGUUGACAUGCCCGGCUCCAACAGUGCCUUCAUCCCCACAAUCAAUGCAAUCACAACCAGCCAAGACCUGCAGUGGAUGGUACAGCCAACAGUCAUCACCUCCAUGUCCAACCCCUACACCCGCUCUCAUCCCUACGGCCAUCACCUGACCAACGGGCCGGGGCUGCUGGCGCACAACACGCUGGCUCGGCCCGGGGUCAUCCGCUCCAUCGGAGAUGCCAGAGGCAGACGCAAAAGAGACGAACAGCUUACCCCAGAAGAAGAGGAGAAAAGAAGGGUAAGGCGCGAGAGGAACAAGUUAGCCGCAGCCAAGUGCCGCAACCGCCGCCGAGAGCUCACAGAGAUGCUGCAAGGGGAGACAGAGAAGCUGGAGGAGGAGAAGGCCGACCUGCAGAAGGAGAUCGAGAGCCUCCAGAAAGAGAAAGACAAACUGGAGUUCAUGCUGGUCGCCCAUAAUCCGGCGUGCAAACUCCCCAUGGAGGAUCGCCACCACUCGUCGGGACACCACACGCAGCAGUGCGCCCCCCUGCCUCUCACCAUGCGCCCCAACGUGAGCUCACGGGCCGUGAUGAACCAGGUGGUGGUGAAGCAGGAGCCCGAGGACAUGGAGGACAAGGUGGGCAAAUCUCAGCGCUCUGUUAUCAAGCCCAUCUGCCUUGGGGGCGGCGGCAUCAGCGGCGGGAUGUACUGCCCAGACGGAGACAGCCUGAACACGCCCGUGGUGGUGGCGUCCACCCCAGCCGCCACGCCCAACGCCCCCAGCCUCAUAUUCACCUACCCCAACAUGAUGGAGCCCGAGAGCCCGUCGCCCUCCUCCGAGUCCUGCUCCAAGGCUCACCGGCGCAGCAGCAGCAGCGGCGACCAAUCCUCCGACUCCCUCAACUCGCCCACGCUCCUGGCGCUCUGAGUGUUUUUUUUAUUUAUUUUUUGGGGGCGGGGUGAAACAAAAAAACAAAACACUGUUGAACGCUGCCCCCUCGACCCCUUCGCCGUCUUUAAAGCACAUUUUACAAGUCCAGACCAAGCUGACCGUGUGAGCCGUUCCCCCUUUGGGGAAGCAAAGGGGGGACCCAAGGGCUACGCCGCGUUUCCUCAACCCCAGCGUGACGUUUUCCUCUCGCCAACGUGCGCAGCAACUGAAAGGCAUCAACUCGUCGCCAUUUCAACUCCAGGGUGUCGGCCUGUUCACUGACAUUUCUGAAGCAAGUCGUCCGUGUUCGUGUGACUACAACCAGAGAGCAACUUUAAUAUAUGUAUAUAUUUUUUUUUCUUGAAAACAUCGAAAUAAAAAAAGCCAUGCGGUCGACUGACUCCUACACUCUGCCGAUCAAUAAAUCACUAAGCGAGGUCGACGUUCUUGUAUCGGAGGAGAGACGACGAACGAAGACUUCGUCUGAUUUUUCCCCUUUUUCAGACGUCGGUGACUGAUUCAGGACAGAGUGCGCACUCCUCUGGUGUUCUCCAUCUCUUUCAGUGUAUUUGUGGCCUGUGCUGGUUGAAUUUUCUUGUCGUCUUUGAAUCUGCCUGUAGAAAAGCAAAGCGAUCGUUCGCAGAGAACUCCUCAGCGUCGCUCAGAAUUUGAGCCAACUUUAAAUCCAUGACUAGCUCCUCAAUAUUUUCUCUUUUUGCCAGUGUGGCUUGAAUUGGCGGUAAUGUUGUGUGCUUUUCCCGAAGUGAUUCUGUACCUGAACUCUGCAGCUUGUUUUAUUUUGACCGUGUGUGUGUGAUUUACAUCGAUGUCAGGGAUUAUCUCAUGUGUUUAGUAGAAACCUGUUGUGACGAGUGUUGCAGGACCCGAGGUGGUGCUUUUUUGCCACGUUGUGUCAGAGCUCUGUUGUUUUGUUUUUUUUUUUAUUAAAAUUUUUUUUUUUUGCUCAGACAUUUCAAAUAGUUUGAACAAAACCCUCCUCCGCUUCAUUCUCUAAACAUUUUAUUUCCCCAACGCCGCCUCUCUGGGGCAGAUCAGGUUCCAAAAAGCCAAAAAAAAAAAAAAAAAAAAAAAACUUUUUUAUGACACGUGUGAUCCUGUAUUUCAUCAGUCUUUGUCUAAAAGAAAAUAAAUAAAUAAAUUAGGAGGGAUUUGGGGCAAACUUGAAAAAAACAAAAAAGCCACGGUGGUCCAGGCCAGCUGCCAAAUGAUGUCAACUGUUUCUACGGUGUUUGUAAAUCUGUCACUUUUAGUAAAGAAAAGAUGUUUCAAUCCUGCUCAGAUGUGCUGAUUUCCGCGGUACUGAUCGGCUGAGAAGCCGGCACCGGAUGCAGUUUGCUUUUCACCGAAGGGGAUGAAGAAGACUUUCUGUACAGCUGGUCUGACGUGAAAGAGUGAACACUUCGACCACUUUCUGGUCUUUAUUUGUACGUUAAAGGGACGAGGGUUGACGGACGCACUGAGACGGACAGAACAGCCAUAUCUGAGAAUCUUUGUUUACUUGAGACAUUCCAAAUGAAUUUAUUGUCAGGGCUUUAAAUAAAUAAAAAAACUUGUCAUCUUUGCUUAAAUUCUAUUUUUUUUUUCUUCCCAAUCUGAGGAAUUUGUUUUUUGUUGCGCUGGAUGCAGGAAUUACAUUUUUGCAAGCUGCUGCUACUCGCUUGGAAAGAACAUGUGGGAUGUUUUUGAUUUAUUGUGACUCGUUGUUCAAUAUUUUGGUGAAAAGGGGGGAAAUCUUUAAUCCAGCAUAACAUAAAGAGAUGAGUGGAGCACCAAAAAUGUGUUUGUUGGAGUAAAACCCCCCGACACGCAUAGGAAAGCCAUUAGCUCUUCUACUGUACAUGUCAUCGACCAUCUGUCGCCUGUUCAGCUACUUUUUCUUCUUUUUUCAGCUGCUUUAGCUGUUUAAAAUGAAUCAAAAUGAAUAAAAACAGCAAUAUGUAUAGCAGUGUUUGUUAAUUUAAAAGAGUAAUAAUAAUAAAAUAAUUUUCAGC